CCCAGGGCGAAGAUGGAAAGCUGCUCACGACCCGGUGUGCUGCUGUGUUUUGUCCUUCAUUAAUCCCUCCUUUCGUCUCAUUUUAGUCACCUUGGAUCGAUAAUCCCGUGAGGGCAGACCGUCGGCAGCAACUACCCGACACGUAUCGACUCCUUUACUGGAUAAAAGAACAAGCGAAGGGUUGGAAAACCGGGGGAUCUGGCGUGCCCUUCCUCUGCGCCAUGUACGCACAAGCAAAGGAUAUCUUGUUGUACUGCGCACCAAGACGCGCAAGAGGACAUGUAUGCGCAUCAACGACUGUCGUUGAACUUCACCACCUCUGACAGACCCUAGAGUCAUCUGGAUAACGCUGCUGUAUCUGUAGUGGCAGGACGAUUUGGAUUUAAACGCCAACAAGUGGAAUCGGUGAUGUGCUCUUUCUCCGAGGAGCCUGAUCUUCGCUGACACGUGGAUGUGAUUAGUUCUGUUUAAUGUGAGGGCAGGCGCUGUGCUAAUAUCCAACUUGGCGACAUAUGGUCUGUGGGCGCAGAUUUGAAGCUAUCGACCCACCGCUUAUCCACUGCGCGUCCUCAGUGGGACUGGAGCGGACACAGCCAGAGACGCUGAGGAAUGCGGAGCCGGGAUUUUGUCUUUUCCAGCUCACCUGCGGAACUCUUCGCAGCGCAAAUUAAAGAAACGCAGCUGAUUCUCCUCCAAUUGUGCAUCAGAGAUAGGACAUCCAGACUGAACAAGCACGGGGUCAGUAGGCUACAUAACCUUCUCCGUGUUCUUUUCACCCUCCAGCCGACAGGCGCAGCCGGUGCGCACGCGGGGUGCCAUGCUGAGACAGAUCCUCCUCAACUCCACGGACUCUCCAGACUUCGAUCUGGUGCUAAUGGCCCACUCCUCCACGCACGCCCCCUCCUCCCUAAACGCCUCCCACGGCGGUUCGGUGAGCGUGGCAGCUCUUCUGAGACCCACCACGGGGAGAGGGGGAGGGGGGCUCCGGGAGGGAGAGCUCCACAAACCGGACCUGAUUACCUACAUAGUCAUGUGCCUACUGCUCUUCCUGUUGGUGCUGCUCAUUGUGUUCUUCAUCAACUGCCAGCUCCGGAACUCUUUCUUCGCCUCCAUGCCAUAUGACAGGUCGCUGAGAGAGGCCAGGACCUCUUACAAGUAGGUUGGACCCCCCAGGACAAAUCUCCGUGACUCUGGUACUCUAGUGAGACUCCUGUGGGGGGUUUAAGGACUAAUUGGUCACCCCUGAACUGCUGCUGUACUGGACUAACUAAGUUGUUGCCUUUAUCAGUGGUCGAGGACUCAUUGGAAGGUCUAAAUAACCUGGAAUCCCCCACAGUACCUAACAUGAUUAGUCAGGGCCUCGAUUAGACCAAAUGGUGCCCACGUUUUCCAUUUCAAGCCCCGCUGUGACAUCCCAAAAAUUUCCUCUUCAGACCAUGGGGGGCCAUUAUAGAAGAUGAAUGGUGCACUGCAGGUGGACAGAUAACAGUAUAACUCCUGUUCAAAUUAGUGACUCACAUAUUUUCUGGUAAUGAAUGAAGAAAAUGUGAAACCAUCCAUCAUCCCCUGCAACCUCCCUCGUGCUACCCGCACUGCACUUUGGAAACAAAUUAUGUAUUCCUUUACAGUAUACUCCCUAGCUUGUACUCAUUCAUCUAGCUGCUUACAAAUUUGACCUGGCGUCUGCAAUUUGGGUCCAAAUUUACAGUCUUUCACACUAGCUCUGACAAGAUUAAUCUGUUUUUUAUUUUUAUUUAAUGGAAACGUGAGUUAUGGUAACAGAGAAAGUCUACUGUAGACUGUAUAUAAAAUAUUUUGUAUGACUGUAACUUAAUUGUCUUGUCUUGUGAAUUUAAGCAAUCAACACACAAUUUCCAUCUUUUUGUCCAUUGUAAAAUGCUGAUUAAACUACAGACUGUAGGCCUUUAUCAUCACAUAAAUAUAUUCAAAUGUA